CUCUCUACCUCUCUCGAAAGAGAGAUACAGCACUAUAAUGACUCUUUCUUGUCCCCUCUGCUUCCUCUGGUUCCAAACGUCGCAAGCCGGCCUUACCCAAUCCACACACUCCCAAAAUCACAACCAUCUCUAGCGAAUUCUAGCUCUUAUUUUGAUUCAGUCGGAUGUGUUUGGUUUGAGCUUUGCGAUAGUUAUAGGCACCGACAAAUCCCGAUCUGAAGGUGGAUUCGAAUUCCUUGUUAUUUCGGCCUUUUCGUCUUCUGUGUCGGUCGGGUUUUGGGUCUACAAUCUUGGGUGUUCGAUCUGGUUCUCGGAUUUAUUUUUUUGGGUUUGUUUCAAUCAGAGAUUGGCUUCAAUUUCUGGGCUCCGUUUGAAAUGGUCUAUUUCCAUUGCUCAAUCUCGGUCUGCAACUCCGUUGACCAACCCACAGCCAUGGCUGACACGAAAUCAAGGCUAAGUAAUCCUUUAUCGAGGAAUAGAAAGGCGCUCCAUUCGCCGAGUUCUUCGAAAACCCCAGUUUGUGAUCGAUCUCGAUCGGUGGUAAUAGAUAUAGUAAUCCUUAUAGCAGUUAUUGGCGCUUGCGGGUUUUUGCUGUUCCCUUAUAUCAGGUUUGUGGCCGUCGAGCUUGUCGGAAUUGUUGGAGCGAUUGUUUCUUUUGUUAAAGAGGAAGUUUCUACUGCUCCGUUGUUAUAUGGUUCUAUAGGACUUAGCGUUUGUUGUUCUGCACUGGCUGCCUGGAUGGUUGUGAUAUUUACUAGCCGGAAGUGUGGGAAUCCGGAUUGCAAGGGCCUGAGGAAGGCGGCAGAGUUCGAUAUUCAGUUGGAAACAGAGGAGUGUGUGAAGAGCUCGUCUAAUUUGGUUAAAGAUGGAGGAGUGAAGAAGGGUCUAUUUGAAUUGCCACGCGACCACCACCGGGAAUUGGAGGCGGAGCUCAAGAAGAUGGCACCCCCCAAUGGAAGAGCGGUUCUUGUUUUCCGAGGGAGGUGUGGGUGUUCUGUGGGUAGAUUGGAAGUUCCGGGGCCGAAGAAGCAUCGGAAGAACAAAAGGUUUAGAUGGGAUCCAUAACAGGAUCACAGACAUUGGACGGAAACAGCAUGCGUGGCAUGAUUCAUUCCUUCUAUCUAUGUUUGCACCACACUGCAUGAAUUGAUCAUUUGUGCAUUCCCCAUUAAUCAGUAAGCCAUCGAAAAGCUCAUCAAUUGUCAAAAACAUUCUGGAAAUGCAGUCUGUGCAUGACCACGCUAGAUUAUUCCGAGGCUUUAAUGGAGGGUUGUAUGAAAUUAAUCUUUAAAAGUUCGCGCUUAUUCACGAAUCAAGCGUUCUUCAAUGAUGAUAUAUGCUUCGAAGUGUACUGCCUCGUUUUGGUUCCCUACUAAUCAUGUUAAUCCAGGUCCUCAUUCUGCAUGUAACACACCAAGUUCUUUGAUCUUCUCCUUUUGCUGUCAACGUAACACCAAAGUUUAUCUUGAUUUAUAACCCUGUACUGUGGCCAUACAUUCAUUCUUAGUGUCUUGACUGUUUGUGACUAUUGCUAUCCAUGCAAUCGAGGCUUAGCUAUUUGUGAUCA